GUUCAUCCUAACUUCCGGGUUUAAAAAAACUACUGAUGACAUAUUGCCGAAAUAGAUUGCAAGCAGUUGUGUAACCAAGGAUAUUGUUUAUGAAAUUAAGAAGCCCCAAGAUGACAAGCUGGUUAACUUGACCAGUCAUAGGCACAUGCAAAGAAGAUGAUUUUAAGAAUAUGAACAUCUAAUCAACUUCAACCACUCCUAAGAAAUAUUCAUCUAAGUGUAAAUAAAGUUCUUUGAUAAUUUAGUGAGAACCUUUUCUGCAACUGAAAGUGUUCUGUUUAAAAAAAAGAAGAUGGCAUAUGCAGUGGAUUUUGAUGGCCUCGAAUCGCCUGUUGAGAAGAAAGUCAACCUUUACGAUGAUGAAGAGCUUGACAUUGAUAUGGACACAUCAUGUCUUACUUCCAAGAACAUUCUGGUGAGUCCCAACAGUGAAGAAUAUGAAAUGCUGAUGGACAGCAUUCAACUCAGAGCAGAAGAUGGGCAAGGGGAGACAAUGUAUGAAAUAGGCAUUGGAGCUGAUGGCGAGACCCCGGGGUUGAAAGAGGAAGACUACCAGGCGUCUGUGGCUACUCUGAGGAGCAUAACAGAAACUCUACAGAUGGAGUGCGUUGUUCUUAGAGAGCGCAUCCUGGAGGAGGGCAAGGUGGGGGAGUUCCUGCUCAGAAAGAGACUUGAACCUCAAGAUUUCAUGGAAAUCAGAGUUGCAGUUGUCGGCAACGUGGAUGCUGGGAAGAGUACUUUACUAGGAGUGUUAACCCACGGUGAACUCGACAAUGGCAGAGGUGUGGCUCGACAGAAACUCUUCCGACACAAACACGAAAUGGAGUCCGGCAGAACAAGCAGUGUUGGGAACGAUAUUCUAGGAUUCGACACGUACGGAAAUGUGGUGAAUAAACCAGACCAUGGACAUUUAGAUUGGAUUAAAAUAUGUGAACAGGCAGCCAAGGUGAUCACAUUUAUAGAUUUAGCUGGUCACGAAAAAUACUUAAAAACCACAGUAUUUGGAAUGACAGGCCAUGCUCCAGACUUCGCUAUGUUGAUGAUUGGGUCUAAUGCAGGUGUUAUAGGAAUGACGAAAGAGCAUCUAGGACUGGCCCUUGCCUUGAAUGUUCCAGUAUUUGUUGUUGUGACCAAGAUCGACAUGUGCCCACCAAACGUCCUGGACGACACGUUAAAACUGCUGCAGCGGAUCCUCAAGUCACCGGGCUGCCGCAAGAUUCCCGUCCUAGUCCACAACAAAGAUGACGUGGUUGUCUCCGCAACAAACUUCACGUCCGAGAGGAUGUGUCCAAUUUUCCAGGUGUCCAAUGUAACAGGCUUAAAUCUAGAUCUGUUAAAAAUGUUUCUCAACCUUCUGUCCACAAGAGUGAAGUGUGACAUGUCAAAACCACCAGAAUUCCAGAUAGAUGACACGUUCUCGGUCCCAGGAGUGGGAACAGUGGUUUCUGGCACAUUGCUACAAGGGUACAUUAAGCUGAAUGACACGUUAUUACUGGGUCCUGAUGCACUCGGCCAGUUCCAGCCAAUCGUCAUCAAGAGCAUACAUCGAAAAAGAAUGCCUGUUAAGGAAGUCCGAGGGGGCCAGACAGCAUCGUUUGCUCUGAAAAAGAUUAAAAGAUCGUCUAUACGAAAAGGAAUGGUAAUGGUUUCACCAAAAUUGGAACCCAAGGCAUGCUGGGAGUUUGAAGGAGAAAUUCUUGUUCUACAUCAUCCAACAACAAUUAGUGUUCGAUAUCAAGCUAUGGUUCAUGUUGGAAGUGUUCGGCAAACGGCAACAAUUCUCAAAAUGACGAGAGAACACUUACGAACUGGUGACAAAGCGAUAGUGCGUUUCCGUUUCAUUAAAAAUCCCGAAUACCUUAAGCCUGGCAUGAGAAUGGUGUUCCGAGAGGGAAGAACGAAGGCGGUAGGGAACACCACGAAGCUGUUCCCCCACGUCAGCGCGGUGGCUCAGAAUACACGGCAGCAGAGGGCACAGAAGAAGGCCCAGGAGAAUAAACAUCAAACCAAUCCCCAGAACGAACCGCAAAAAGCUAGUAAGAGAACGAAGCGGUCAAGGCACCAUUCACAUGAUCAACAGGAGGAAUCACAGGAAAGCGUCACAGAGAAUGUUACAUAAAGAAAAACUAAACACCAAAACACUCAGCAGGAUUCGCUCUGAAAAAUAUUUCAUUUCAGUCCAUUUUCAUAAAUUCCACAUUUUUGUUUUUAAAAUACUGAAAAGUAGCUAAUCAUACGAAAUUUUUAUUUCGUUUCAACGUAUUUUCCUGCUUAUAUCCAAUUAAGGUUCAAGCAUACUGUCCUGGACACAUACCUCAGCUAUCUGGGCUGUCUGUCCAGGACAGUAGGUUAGUUGUUGGUGGUUACUGAGAGAGAAGAGGGUGUUG